AUGUGCGGCUCCGACAUAUUUCUGGCCCUUCUGGCCCUCCUAUUCCCACCCGUCGCAGUCUGGGUCAAGCGCGGCGUGUGCAGCGCCGACUCACUUGUCAACAUCGCUCUCUGCUGCCUCGGCCUCCUCCCCGGCCUCCUGCACGCCUGGUACAUCAUUUGGGCGUAUCCGGAUCGCGACGAGUACGAACGUGUGGCCAACGCGGAAGACGGCAACGUCACCUACUACUACGUCGCGCACACCAACACCGACGGCCGCCGGGCCCCUCCGUCGAGAGGCAGCAACAGUCAGCAGCAACAGUACCGCAGUCACCCCGCCGGCCCAAGCUACGGCGCGAUCCCGAGCCAGCAGUUCCACGGACAGCAGAGCGGCAUCGAGAACCCCUGGGCAGAGGAGGGAAGGUCGGCGGCCAAGAAGAGCAGCAGCGCGCCGCCACCGCAGGGACCCCAGCUUGGCGAUGGUGGCGAGGGUAGUGCGAGCCAGCCCCCGCCGACGUAUGCGGAGGCUGUCAAGGGCGACCACAAAGUCCAGACGCACGAUUAA